CACGACCAAAUCUUACAUUACUUAACAGCAAAAGGCCCAAAACUAUCUCCAUAGAUGAGAAUAUGGAGCCAAGCCCGACAGGAGACUUUUAUCCCUCUCCAAAUUCACCAGCUGCGGGGAGUCGGACAUGGCAUGAAAGAGAUCAAGAUAUGUCUUCUCCUACAAUGAAGAAACCUGAAAAGCCUUUGUUUAGUCCUACUUCUCCCCAGGAUUCUUCACCAAGACUGAGCACUUUUCCCCAGCAUCACCACCCAGGAAUCCCAGGAGUUGCACAGAGUGAGAUGAAGAAUUUUAGAAGAAACAAGAUGCGAAGUAAUUUUAAUUUUCUUUUAUCUUCUCCAGUCAUCUCAACUAGAACUCCACCUUCACCUUCACCAUUGCCAUUUCCAGCACAAGCUAUUCUCCCUCCUGCCCCGUCUAGCUACUUCUCUCAUCCAACGAUCAGAUAUCCUCCCCACCUGAAUCCUCAGGAUACUCUGAAGAAUUAUGUACCUUCUUACGACCCAUCCAGUCCACAGACUAGCCAGCCUAACAGCAGUGGUCAAGUAGUAGGGAAAGUGCCUGGCCAUUUUACUCCAGUUUUGGCACCCUCUCCCCAUCACAGUGCGGUGCGACCUGUGACCCUGACCAUGACAGAUACUAAACCCAUCACUACAUCCACUGAAGGUGAGGCAUCUUCACCUACAGCAACCACCUACACAGCCUCAGGCACAUCCCAAGCCAAUCGAUAUGUGGGACUAAGCCCAAGAGACCCAUCCUUCCUACACCAGCAACAGCUGAGGAUUUGUGACUGGACCAUGAAUCAAAACGGCAGGCAUUUAUACCCCAGUGCCAGUGAGGAUACAUUGGGAAUUACUUGGCAAAGUCCUGGUACCUGGGCUAGCUUGGUUCCUUUUCAAGUAUCAAACAGGACACCGAUCCUGCCGACAAAUGUCCCAAAUUAUGGUUUGAACAUAAUUGGAGAGCCUUUCCUUCAAGCAGAAACAAGUAACUGAGGGAAAAAAAUAAAAGAAAAAUUAGAAAAAGGAAAAAAAGAAGACGGGAUAAGAGAAGAAACUGAAGAAAGAAGACAAAAAUAGACCAGCAAUUGCAGCACUUACAAUCACUAAUUCCCUUAUGGUUAAAACUGAAAUGACAUACAAAGGGUCGAUGAUAUUUCACUAAUGGGUAGAAUGCAGCCCCUGCUAAGUAGCCUUUGUUAUAUGAAGUCCGCUGGGAAAUAGAUGUUCUGUCUCUGACAAUAUAUUUUAACUGACUUUCUAGAUGCCUUAAUAUUUGCAUGAUAAGCUAGUUUUAUUGGUUUAGUAUUCUUGUUGUUUACGCAUGGGAUCACUAUUCCUGGUUAUCUCACAAAACAAAGGCUAGGCAGCAGCAACAGAGCUGCAGGAGGACAAGGGCUGUGAGCCAGCCAUUUUCUCAACACUCUGAUUUCUAAAUGUUUUAAAAAUAUGCUCUGUAGCCUUUAGUUAUCAGUAUGGAUUUAUUAAACUUUGGCCCUUAACUCAGCAUUUUCUAGUGUGUUACCCAGUUUGAAAUUUUCAAUCAGAAUGAACACACAGGCUCUAUAUAAGAAAUGCCUCUAUGUAGGUAAAAGUGUUAUCUUUUCAUGCAACAGAAAAACAAAUAAAAAAAAUUAAAACAAAACAAAACAAAACAACCCACAUGAACUUUUCCCACUAAAGAAACACUUACAGAGGCAAGUGCAAUUUAAAAAUCAUAUCUAAGGGGUCAUCAUUAUAAGUCCUUCAGCCCUUGGACUCUAAAUUGAGGGGAUUAAAAAAAAAAAAAUUAAAAAUUACUUUGAACAAAUUUAUUUUUCCCCUCAGUUUUUGAGGGCAUUAAAAGGCAUUACAUCAAGACAAAUCAUGUCCUUGAGAAAAAGAAAUCAAUGAAAACACAGCACUUAUGUUGGUUUAGCUGCUGCCUCCACAGAGGGGUAGGAUUUAUUUAUUUAAAGUUACUGGUUGCAUCAAGAACCCAUAGGGUUUAUAUUUUUCUGUAUAAUCUGCAUCAUAGAGACAAAGAGAUAGGCAAAUCCAUGCCACAAGGGCAAAGCUUACUGUUUACAAACUGGUAAUACCAGGAUGGGGAUAAGAUUUUAUUUAAAUAAUGCACUCUUAAAGUCCAGUUACAGGGUGCUGAAAACUUGCAUGGUGCUUUCAGAAGUUAGCCUUGUUCAACAGAUUUCACGUAUUGACAGAAAUAUAAUGUGCAUGGGCAGAAAUUUUGCCUCUAUGUCUCUUAAAAAAUAAUCAAUUAAAAUACUCUUUCUAGUAAUCCUGAUUUGCACGAAGAUAUAAUGUCCACAUUACGUGCCUUGCCUUGAAAUUUAAAAAAUUGAAAAAAAAAAAAAAAAAAACACAAAAAAAACAAAUGAAAAAAAAAAAAACCACAUAAAAAACCACACACACACACAAAAUGACAUCACUACACUUGUUUUGCUGCAUUUAUUAUCAUUUUAAAUCUUUACCAUUUUUAUGACAAAAUAUUUUGUACUCCAGAUGGGAAAAAAGUGUGACAUCAUGGAUUUUUUAGACAGUUAUAUCUUUAUCUCACAUUUAUAAAGCAUAUCAUGGCUGUGUAUAGUUGCCGCUUAAGAAUUGUAAUCGACCAGCAAUAUUUUCAGUAUUUUGGUGUUUUUUUUCUAUUAACCUUUCAUGUUUUUCAUCUUCCAAUUAAUAUUGGGGGGAGGGGAUUCAAAUUUAUACGAAUUAUGCAAUACCAAGUUUUGCCUAUGUAGGUAGUGCUUUUAGCUGUAUUGGUUAUUGUAGGUAAGUACACAGAUUUAAAAGAAAAAAAAAUAAUGUAUGCUUUUUUUGUUUGUUUUAAUUGACCAAAGUGGGUACUGCUAUUUUUGCAGUGUGAUGAGGUCCUUUUAUGUACUGAGAGAUGGACGGGGAUUUUUUUUUAUACAUAUAUAUAUAUUCUGGGGUGGGUGGGGAUGAUUUUUAACACUUUACAGUGUAGCUGUGAAGCAGUGCACCCUUAGCCAGGCAAGGGCUGCAAAGCGACUGUUCUGCCUACUGUGACAAACUUUCAAAUCGGUUCCCUCUUUUAACUUCCCACCUGGGGUGCAAGCUGAAAUCAUUUCUGGAUUUAAAAUAUAAAUAAUGAAUUCUGUUGGAGGCAGACUUGACUUGAGGAAAUUGUUGUACUUCGAAUUUCAAGAGAGACAGAGAGAGACGGAGAGAGGCAGACAGAGAGAGCAGGAGGUCCAGACCCACAGUGAGAUGAAGCCUUUCCCACUCUGGCAAAUCUACUACAUCCUAAAGUGUUCAUGUAAGAAGAUGUUUUUAAGUUAGAAUAGAAAGACAUUUGCUUUGUCUAGGAAAUGUGUUUAGAGGGCCAAAAUCUUUGCUAGCAUAACUCCACUGACCAGUUGACUAAGUUGUUCCUGCAGAGAAUUUGCCUCCCUUAGCCUGCUUGACUGGUAAAUAUUCCUUUUUAUUUUAUGAUAUUUUUUCCCCUACAUCAAAACUAUUUUUUUUUUAAACACACAGCAUCUGAGUUCCAAUCUUCAGCCUGCUCAGACUGUGUCAGACUUUUCUCAUGUACUCUCAUACAGCAGGUUGGAUGGAGAGCUCUGGGCUAUAAUAGGAAAGGAGCUUCUGAAUGGGUGUUAUUAGACUGUGGUGUAAAUAAAAGUGCAUUUCCAGUAAAAUCAGAGCUUACAGAUUAGUAGUCAGCCUGUUGCUGGAGACACUGGGGAUGCUUGUUACAUAUGGCUCAAGAUAAGUUGACCCUUCCUUAAAAGCACAUAAAUUUUUAAGGUGAAAACAAACAUGGAAUAGACUUUAAAUGGGAUAUCCUGGUGGGACAGUUCAGCCCUUUGUUGUUGUCUCUGCCUUUCGGAGGUUUGCCUAUUGUGGCGCAGCUCCAGCAAGAGCCACUCCAUGGAGUGCUGGGUAUCAGCAGACCUCAUCGUUAGCCAGCACAUGGCUGCUUGUGAGGUGGUGGUGGUGGCACAUCCUCUUGUCUCCAGCAGGACACUGCAGGAGAAACUUACAUAGCCAGGACAUGGAAGGAUACUGAGACAGAAGCUGUAGAAAAGCAAAUCCUGAAAAUUUAUCUAUAGCUAAGGUGGAAAAAAAAAAAUCAAAAAUAAAAAAAAUCAAAAAUCAAUUGUACAUUGCUCUCUUUCUGAGCCCUAUAAAAAGUGAAUUAAUUCCCUAAGUACAUGACUAUUAAGACUAGCUGAAAUGUAGUUGACCCACCCAGGGCAUACUCAGGUUCUGGCCUGGUAACAUUAACUAUGAUAUUGCCUUUUCUGCUCACCACUGAUAUUGAGCAGUUCAGGAUCUGAGGUGUCUGCACGUGCUCUGUCCCUUGUCAUUAGCAGAGUGUCCCACUUAAGGUUUUAAUAGCACACCAGAAUGAAACUGAAGCAAGUUCAGACUGAAUUUACAAAAUAGUCACAAGAAUGAUUACCUUUGUAGAAAGAAGGAUGCCCUUAACUGAGCUUUUCUAUUUCUGGCCUCUUGUAUGAAAACAUUAAAUUUACAGAUGCAAUAUUUUUAAAAUCAAACUCCUUCCGUGGGAAUGAAUUGGUUUUGUUUUGCAAUUGUGGGUUUUUUAAAUGUCUCUCUGAUAGAAAAUUCUGGUUUGAAGAGACUUCUCAUUUAUGUUUUUUUUUUAUUUUUCAAGCUCAGCAGUCAAAUGAUUGAGAUAACACUGAGAACUCAAAUCCAGUCUCUGGCCUCCUCCUUCACCAGGAAGUGUAUUCUGACUAAAUCAAGCCACCCCGUUCUAUGUGCACUGUUCUGCCUUUAUUAAGUUGCUUUGCAGCCCUGGCCUCAUGGCUGUGCCACUGAAGUGUGUUCCCCCUGGAGUGACAUGAACGUUUGAGGCUUGACUAAGGGAAAAAAAAAGGCAGUGAAGGAGACUGUACAUAAAGACAUGGCAAAAUUAUUAAUUAUAGCAAUAUAGUUGUGGGGUGAAGUUCAGGUGGGCAGCUCCAUUGAAAAUAUGUGAAUGAAUUUAUGAAGCUGCAAGUAGCGAGAAGAAAGGAGGAUCUUCUGAAUGAACCGCCUACCUUGUAGACAGUAAUUUGUACACUGUAUAGUUUUGUUAAGAUUUUUUUUUUUUAAUUAAAAUACCCUUGUUUGUAAAGCUAACUUUUAACAAUUAUAAUGGAAAUAUAUGUCAUUUCCAUUUUUAAAGUAAACAAGAAUAUUCCUUGUUUGGAAACUGGACUUGGGUUAAAACUCUCCAGUUUCUUAAUUUAUAUGCUAAAAAAAAAUAAAAUCUGUCCAUGUUAGCAGUUAUUUCACAGAUUCCUGUGCUUGAAAAGCAUAGGUUACUAAUCCUUUAAAAAUGUAAAUGGAGAAAAGUUAUAUUUUAUGAAGGUUAUUUUGUUGUAUUUAGUAUUGGAAAAGUUGGUUUUCAGAGCAUUUCAAAAUGUUGGAAGCACCACUGUCUUUUUAUUAGUAUAUAUGGCCUUUAGCAAAAGUUUUUGUGAUUGUUACAUGAUGGUAUUUAAGAUUAGGUUCACAGAGCAAUUCAGGAUAGGCAGAGAAUAAAAACAGUACUUACGUCUCACAUAGCUGUGUCCUCAGGGAGCAGAAUUUUGGAUUUGCAACUUGUAGCUUCAUAAGGACUUAAUGAGAGAGAUUGCACAAGGACAUACUCAGCUGUGACACCGGAGUGUGUUCUGUACCUAAAUCUAAAUUAUAUUUACUGUGUGAGAUUAUGAAGGCUGCAGAAAGUUAUCCCAUAUUCAGUGUACAGUAUUCACAUUUAAUGAAACAACUCUCUAAUGUUGCUGGCAGUAAGGUCCCAAGCAUGACAUUCAAUAUAGUUUAUAUGAUCCUGUCAAGGUCUUUUGUUGACAUUAACCAGCUGCAUGCUCCUGGACUUUUUUAUUGGGUUUCUAUAGAAAACUUAAGAAAAGAAUAAAAAAAAAAAGAAAAAAAAGAAAAAAAAAGAAAAAAAAAGAGUAAAAUCGUAUGCAGGCUAAUAAAGUUAAACAGGAAAAGCUCAAAAUUGAAUGUUCUACUCCACACUGAAGGAGCUGAAAACUGUCUCCUUAUUUGCACUUUCUGCUAGUUUCCCCUGUUUUUUCUAAUUCCUCAAAAUUGUGUGGGUGUGGUGGAGCACUGCAGUUGGAGGAUAACACGGACCACUGAUUUUGCCCUUUAACCCUGCACAAUGACCUUUGCAUCAGCCAAACUUAUUGCCAUGACAACUCUUUGUACUGUUUCCAUGCCACAGCUCUGUUGGUCACAUUGUUAAUAGUAAAGGGGACAAGUCGGGAGACGGUCAAUUUUUACAUUUUUUGUUGCAAUUUUUUCUUCAGUGGUUGUAAGUAGUUUUUUUUUUUUUUUUUUUUUUUUUUUUUAAUGAAAGGGUUCACUAGUUAUUACUCUUUAGAAAUAUCUGUGUGUUGCAAUUCAAAUGUAUGUUGAAUUUGUGAAAAGGUCUUCAGUGCCACUAGCAUUGUGAUAUUCUAGAAUAAGCCUUUCAUACUUUUAUUGCAUGAUACAGUAACAGUAAAACAAAAGGUGGCCUAAAUAAAUGGAAAGCAGUGUGAGCUAGUGACACUAAAGCCAGUCUUUGUAUUACUGUAUUUUUGACAGAAAUGGUUUCGAAAACUGUGCUACAGGGACUGAUGUGGCAAAUGUAUCUCUAUAUGCAGAAAGAAGGUUUUUAAGAAGUAUGGCUUAUUAUGCAUUCUUCAUUGAGGGCAUUGAAGUUGCAUGGACUGAUAAAAGUUGAUGCAAAACGAGAAAGAAACAAAAACCAGCAAAAUGUUUACCAAAAAAACUCAAACAAAUGAGCAGUGCCUGUUCAAUUUCACAGUCUCUGUUGAGUUCAGUUGUAAAUAUGUUUCAGAUAACAUUUUCUUCUUCAAAAAAAAAAAUAAAUCUCUACAACAUUGUAGAAUGUGAGGGGUUCCUCAAGUCCCAGGCAUAGGCUUCUCAAGAGCUGCAUUAGAUUAUGUCUUCAUCAAGCUGUUAAUUUGUGCUUAUAUCAUAUAGAACUUUUAGCAAACUGGGCAGAGACACCCCAUCUCAAUGAUAUUUCUCUGAGAACAACUUUUGUAGGGCUGUGUGUUUCUUUAGAUACAUUUAGUACAACUGUAGGUGACAAGUAGUCAGUUAUUGCUUGCUAGCUACACACCAGGGUUGAUCCAUUUUAAAACUUUUGGCAUUUUUCCCCAUACUGUAGGCCAUAAAUCCUGAAGGUUACAUUUUAAUUAAAAAGUAGGUAUGUGCACAAUCCUUGUGUAACGAACCUUUACUUGUGAGAUGCAUUACAGUACAACUACUUAAUUUUGGAACUAAGGCCCUCUGGCAUCAGACCUGAUUUUAGCCUGAGUGUUAACAAAGGUUUUUAUUGUGCCUGGUUGGAGGAUAAUAAUGUUCUUUUUGGUACUUUUUUUUUUUUUUUUUCCUUUUUAGGUUACAAAUGAACUCAACUGCCACAAGUUUUAAACUGGUGUAAAUCAAGCUUGACUUAAUGUGAUUGUUACUGUUAUAUCCAGCCUAUACUGCUAGCAGCUGCUCAUACUGCAGUCAAUUACUGGAAGCGGAUAUAUUUCCUAUGCAAAAACUGUUUAAACAAUAAAAAUGAGCUAUGCUACAG